CGGCGCUCUGGGGGCGGGGCCUGGGACGGCGCCGGGUGAGGGCCCAACCGCCGAGCGCGUCCGUCGGCGGCGCCGGAAGUCGGUGAGCGCCGCAUCCGGGAUGCCCGCCUGAUUGCCCGCGGCUCGGCUCUGGGCGACCCCACUGCCAUGGCCUCCGACGAAGAUGAACUGAACCUUCUAGUUAUCGUAGUUGACACCAACCCGAUUUGGUGGGGAAAGCAAGCAUUAAAGGGAUCCCAGUUCACCUUAUCAAAAUGCAUGGACGCGGUCAUGGUGCUGGGGAACUCGCACCUGUUCAUGAACCGUUCCAACAAGCUCGCGGUCAUAGCCAGUCACAUUCAGGAAAGCCGGUUCUUGUAUCCUGGAAAGAAUGGCAGCCUGGGAGACUUCUUUGGGGACCCUGGCAAGACUCCUGCUGAGCUCACCCCCUCGGGGAGUAAAGACGGGAAGUACGAGCUGUUAACAGCAGCAAAUGAAGUCAUUGUCGAAGAGAUUAAAGAUCUGAUGACCAAGAGUGACAUAAAGGGCCAGCACACAGAAACCCUGCUGGCAGGAUCCCUCGCCAAAGCUCUCUGCUACAUUCAUAGAAUGAAUAAGGAAGUUAAAGAUAAUCAGGAAAUGAAGUCAAGGAUAUUGGUGGUCAAGGCGGCGGAGGACAGCGCGCUGCAGUACAUGAACUUCAUGAACGUCAUCUUCGCCGCGCAGAAACAGAAUAUUUUGAUCGACGCCUGUGUGUUGGACUCCGACUCAGGACUCCUCCAGCAGGCGUGUGACAUCACAGGGGGAGUGUACCUGAAGGUGCCGCAGAUGCCCUCCCUGCUGCAGUACUUGCUGUGGGUCUUUCUUCCUGAUCAGGACCAGAGGCCUCAGCUGACCCUCCCGCCCCCCGUGCACGUGGACUACCGGGCUGCGUGCUUCUGCCACCGAAACCUCAUUGAGAUCGGCUACGUCUGUUCUGUGUGCUUGUCAAUAUUCUGCAACUUCAGCCCCAUCUGCACCACCUGCGAGACUGCCUUCAAGAUCUCGCUGCCUCCCGUGCUGAAGGCCAAGAAGAAGAAGCUGAAAGUGUCUGCGUGAUGGAACUGCCGCGUCCUUUGGAGCCACCCACAGCCCCCGUGCGGGGGAGGCGCUGCGGAGGGCUCCGGGCAUGCGCGGGGGUGCCUCCAGGACGCAGGCCUGGGGAGCCGUCCUCACGCUGUGCUUCUGGGCUGGGUUGUGGGCGGGAACCCUUCUGCAGUCUGUGUACCCCAGUGUGUUUUCAGACCGCUUUUGGUCCCGAGAGGGGGAGAAAGCACACCUUCGUGACUCUUCUUACUGGGCUGAUCACUGUCCCAUCAGUCUGCCCUGACUGAUGACAGGCUUUCGGAGUUACUGCCCAGGUCCAGGUUCUCACUGUGAAACGGUACACGCGAAAUUCGAAGUGUUAGGAAAAGUGCAGCGAUGGCGUUAGUCAGUAGGGGGCGCUGUAGCUGAGUCAGCGGUUACCGGUGGCAGUAGUCAUGCAACUGAAACCCUUACUGUCCCCAUUGCGGUGUGGCUUUAGAUAUUAGCGGUUCUUCAUUCCGAUGUGUGACCUCGGUACAUGUUUGGACAAAGAGAGCCAAGUAAUAAUAACGGUUCGUCACCGACUCCGUACAAAAUCCGGUUUUAAGUGAGCGAGGCAAGAGAGUGCGGGAGUCCAGUGGCGACUUUUUCUUUGAAAGCAGUUGCGUGAAGAGCUCUCCCGGGAAAACUAGGGUCCAGUUGUGAGAGUGGAGUUCUCGGGGCCGGGCGGGGGGCGGGGGCGGGGUGUGUGUGUGAAAUAGCUUCUUUAUAGUAAAGUGCUGCCCGCACACUGAAUCCUUUGCUUUCUAACCGAGGAAAAGACAAAAAUCUUUGAUAGUGGAGAACUGUCCUUUAGAAAGUUUGGACUUAAUAUUGAAAACUUCUAUAAGUUCAAAAGACAAAUUGUUUGUAGUUUUAACAAUAACAACUAUUUUUCUGUGUAACCUUGAAGUUAUUAAAAGUCCUUUAAUAGCGUAGGAAGGGUUUUCAGGAACAGUGGUUGGAUUGGUUUGUUUUUAAAAGUAUGUUGGCAAAUUGUGUAUUUGAUUUUGUAGAUGAAUAAGAUUUAAAUUUUCUCUUAAUGCCAUCUCAGAAACUGAGUCUCAUUGAAGUAACUCAGUGGUCUUUGGUUAGAUGAUUUCAGGUGGAUUUUGUAUUCUGGAUUUAUAAUUUUCUUAAAUAAACAAAAAUUUUGAUAAUAA